AUGUUCACACCCGAGGCUGAGAUCUGGUACGGAAUCCCCGAGUUCAACCUUCUGGCCAGAAACAUUUCUCUUCCUGGAGCUUCACCUCUGUUCCCUCACGUCCACUGCACUGAGGACGGAGAUGUCUGCCAGGUCAUCACCGGCGAGAGCGAGAUCAAUGCUGCAGUCACGAUCGCCUCGCUGGUCCGCAGCCCUCGCUUCGACCUGACCACCACUUACUUCAUGGUCGCCGGUAUUGCUGGCAUCAACCCCGAGGUCGCAACCAUCUGCUCCGUCACCUUCGCUCGCUACGCCGUCCAGGUCGCUCUUCAGCACGAAUUCGACCCUCGCGAUAUCCCUGGCAACUUCACCACUGGCUACAUCCCUCUGGGUGCCACUGCACCUUCCGAGUACCCUCUGAACAUCUACGGCACCGAGGUCUUCGAGGUCAACCAAGACCUGCAAAAGAUUGCAGCAAACUUUGCUCGCAAGGCUACACUCAACGACUCUGACGCCGCCGUCGCAUACCGCAAGCUCUACGCCAACGACGCCAUCUACGCCGCUGGUGCUUCGUCUGCUGGACCCAGUGUAGUCGAGUGCGACGUCGCUACCUCCGACGUCUACUACUCUGGCAAACUUCUGGGAGAGGCCUUUGGAAAUUUCACGACCCUGAUUACUAACGGAACUGGUAACUACUGCUCCACCGCCCAAGAAGACAACGCCACCCUGGGAGCUCUCGUCCGCGCCGCCGCCGAAAAGCUCGUCGACUUCAAGCGCAUCAUCGUCAUGAGAACCGCCUCUGACUUCGACCGCCCCUUCCUCGGCGGCUCAGCCACCUACAACCUCUUCGAGUCUUCCGUACAAGGAGCUUUCCUCCCCGCAGUCGCCAACCUCUACCUCGCCGGCGUCCAAGUCGUCGAAGGCAUUUUGGACGGCUGGAACAGCACUUUCGCCAACGGCGUCAAUGCCACAAACUACAUUGGCGACAUCUUUGGCACUCUGGGCGGCGAGCCUGACUUUGGCCUCGGUGCCGAGGUGAGCGGUGAUAUUUUCAGCAAGAGAGAUGUUCUUGUUAAGAGAAACACCGGCGGCAGGAAAAUGUUGCCUGUUCCUGUUCCUCGUGUUUAA